AGCCAGAGGAGAAGGGGAUUUGUGCGUUCGCUGCUAGGGUUUCUCCGUCUUCUGCCAAUUUUCCCCGGGUUCGUUGCUGCAAAAUGACUCGCAUAUACGUGGGAAACUUGGAUCCACGAGUUUCUGAGAGGGAUCUUGAGGAUGAAUUUCGUGUUUUUGGAGUUAUAGAAAGUGUUUGGGUUGCACGGAGGCCACCUGGUUAUGCUUUUAUUGACUUUGAAGACCGUAGAGAUGCAGAGGAUGCAAUCCGUGAGUUAGAUGGCAAGAAUGGCUGGAGAGUUGAGCUUUCUCACAACUCUAGAGGUGGGGGUGGUGGUGGUCGUGGAGGAGGGGGCCGUGGUCGCUCUGGGGGUUCUGAUUUGAAGUGCUAUGAGUGUGGUGAGCCUGGUCAUUUUGCUCGUGAGUGCCGUCUGCGUGUUGGUCCUGGUAGACGUCGGAGUCGCAGUCCUCCCCGAUAUCGGAGAAGCCCAAGUUAUGGUCGAAGGAGUUACAGUCCCCUUGGACGAUCCCCUAGACGCCGCAGCUUGACACCUCCUCGUGGGCGCAGCUACAGCAGGUCACCACCAUACCGUGGACGUGAAGAGUUGCCAUAUGCUAAUGGAAAUGGUUUGAGGGACCGACGCCGAAGCAGGAGCUGAGUAUGGAAGCCUUGGUCACUUUGCUCUGUUAUGAGGAUACUGGGAAUGAAUGUUAAUUAGUGUGCUUGGACUUCAGUAUGACUGUUUAAAUCGGGCGACGCCCUCAGCUUCUACUCUUGGAUUUGGAUAAGUUCCUUUCUUUCUUUUUGCAGUUGGAUUUUUUUCCCUCUAUGCUGAAUAUGUAGUUUCAUUCUAGGAGGAGAUCUUAAGCAUUAUGAAUUUAUUGAGGACAUUCCAAUGAGCAAGUUGCUAAAAAUCUAUGCUUUUUGUUUUUUUUUGAUGUUGAGGUCUCUUCUGGUCCUGCUUCAUUGUUGAUGUGCUUCUGCACUCCCCUGGAUUUCGUUCUUCAUUGGCCACUGGGAUCUUCAAUUUAAUGGUUGUGGGUCCCAGCCUGCUACUUCUGUAGAUGCUUCUAUUUGAUUGUCUCUCCAGUUGUGAUGCGCCUCCCUUCUCUUGUGGCAUUUCUUUUAUUUAACUUUAACAGAUUGAGGAGCUGCGUCAAACACUUCUGGCAGGUAUUUAUAUCUGUUCUACAGAAGUUGGGGGGUUCUUAAACAAGAUGAAUUUAUUUUUGCGUGGAUUUUCUAAUUUGAUUUUACUAAGAAUUUGCGUGGAUGAUCCAUUGAAGAUUUUUUUUUUUUUUUUUUUUUGUUUCUUUCCUCCGGUUUUCUGUUGAAAAAGAGGUCUUUGAUUUAAGUUUUUUUGAUUUUGUUGCGGACAUUGAACCCCUCAAAUGUAUUGGGUUGCAAAUGGUGGUUAAAUGUCCAAACAAUCUUUACCCUUUACAUUGAAAAUGGAGUAAGAUUGACCUUUUAUUAAUGAGUUGCAGUUUACCUUUAUUUGGGUGUGGGGCUUUGAUAUUAGCCUUGAAAUUAUCUUUUUUACAUUACUCCAUAUGUGCCUGCUUUAAUUUCCUUCUCGUAUUUUUUUCUCCUCAAUAUCUACUGGGUCAUGGGUUCUUCUCGUGCUGUGGUUUGGUGACCUCGGCUAAAGUAUGUGGUGACCUCAGCUAAGUUAUGGUGUUGCUAGAAGAUCAAGAACUUCAAUUGUAGAGGACCCGUGGCUUUUGGCUUUAGUACCUGACUUGGUUUGGUUUUUAGUGCUAAAGCGGCUUCCUUAGUUGUUCUGGGUUUGGCUGGAUGAUAAAUCUUCCAAAAUGAUCGGCAUUCGACUGAUUUUUGUGGUUUCUCUGCAUCGUAAACAAGUUCUGCUGUACGUUAUGCCAAUAAGCAGUGCAUUAUUACUCAUUUUAGGAAGGUAUCUCAUUUAGCCCCCUGGUUACAAGUCCUAUUGUUUUUAGGGGGUAGGUGUGGAGAUGUAGGGUGAGAUUUACCGCUUCUAGUAUCUUUCUAUUGGGGGCUUUUUAUCUAAACCAUUUUUUAUUACUUGUCUUUUCCAAUACACAUUGAAUUUCUUUU